AUGGCUCCUGGUAAGGGCAAGGCUUCCAGAGGUCGCGGAGGCAAAUUGACCAGCCGUGGUCCCAGAGUCUUCCAUGGUCAAAAUCCACUUCUACCUGCGAGUCCAGUCCGAGCCUCCUCUCACUCGUCGAACCCUAAUUCGGCGACACAGUCAGUUACCCAAUCUCAGAGUCGUCGUCCUUCACAGUAUCCGCCAUCUUCCCAAAACCGGACUCCUUCUCUCCAAACAAUGCCUGCCGGCUCUCAACAAACACCGCCUGCUGGCUCUCAACAACCACCUCCAGCUCGUCGGAAACAAAAACAUCAAAAGCCUUCUUCUUCUCGUCAACAACAGCCUCCUCCUCAACAACAACUUCCUCAACAACAGCCUCCUCAACAACAGCCUCCUCCGCCUCAACGACAGCCUCCUCCUCAACAACAGCCUCCUCGUCAUGAUCCACCGGAGCAACAAAACUUACCAAUGGAGCUACACGAUAACAGUGAAGACGAGUAUGAGGAAGAAGUAGAUGAAGAUAACCCUCAGGAACAGAAUGAAGAUCCAAAUGUCGACUACCAAGAGCUGUUGGAUCGUUUGCUAGCCCUUCCAGGCCGAGAACAUCUUCCACUUCUGUCUCCGAACCGGAUACCAGGAGUUGAGACUCUCUGGUUUAACCGGCACAAAGGAAAGCUCUCUAGAGUGAUUGCUGGAAUAUUUCGGAGGAAGUUUGAUGGGUCUUACUUCAGCUGGAAGGUUACUCCAAUACCCAUUCGAGAGAGAUACUUCAGAAGUUUUGCGGGGAAGUAUAAUUGGGAUGUCGGGAUUACUGAGCUUGUUAGAGAAGGAUUCUUGGCGAUAGCCAAGAAACGGUUGAAAGGGAUUGUGAGUCAAGCAAAGCAGAGUGGUGUACAACCACCGUGGAUCCGUGAUACACUUUGGGCUGAGAUGUGGGUGUAUUGGAACACUGAGGAUGCUAUUGAGAGGAGUGAGAAUGCUUCACAGUGCAGAAACUCUGAUCGUGGAGGUCUUGGAGUGCACAAACACUUAGCCGGUCAGAAAUCUUUUGUGCAAGUUCAUCAAGAAAUGGUAAGAGUUCUCUUUCCAUCCAAACAAAUCAUUUCUCUGAUUUUCUAAUAUUGCUUCCAUGAUUUAAAUCUGUUUGAGUUUAAUUGUAGGAGGAAAAGCUCAAGCGUCCUGUAUCACUUGGCGAAGUGUUUAUGCAAACACAUACAAGGGCUGAUGGAUCAUUUGUGGAUCAAAAAGCUAAAGAAGUUGCUGAGGCGUAUGCGAAGGGCAUUGAAGACAGGCUGUCUGAAUUGGACGAGGAGGGUCCUCAGAAUUCUGCUAAUUCCUCUGAACAUUCCACUGACUGUAUGCUCAGCAUUGAUGAAAAGAAUGAGAUCUUUCUUAAGGUAAUUGAUUUCUGUUUUUAUUUUGCUUAGUAUCUGAUUGUCUUGUUCUGAUGUUGAUUAUGUGAUUAACAUUGUAUAUGCCUUUAAAGUGGAUAAUCAGUGUAUAUGCCUUUAAAUUGUUUCUGGAUUUCGUUUUUUUGACAUCCUUGUUCUUGUUCACUGAAUCUUUGUCUUUUGUUUUAGUGUACUCAUAAAGAUGACAAAGGCACUCCUUAUGGCCUUGGAUCGCUUGUGGAGACGCUGAACAAAGGAAAGAGGAAGGAGAGUUAUGCGAGCUCUUCUACAUCAACCAUUGUGGAGCUUCAAGAACAGCUGCGGCGCAAGAUAUCUGAACACGAUGCUGAAAAUGCAAGACGUGAUGAGGAGCACCGCCAAUCUCAAUCUCGGAUCUCCAGCUUGGAGAAACUUGUCCUCUUCAUGAAGGAUAAAGAUCCUGAGUUGGCAGCUUUCUUGUCAUCUGCUUCUACAGCACCUGAACAACCCAUCCAAGCAACCACCACACCUACAUGCAUUCUACCAUCCACAACAGCUGCAACCAUCCAACCAGCCAUUCCAACCGCAGGCACCACAGAAGAGACAGGAUUGGCCAAGAGAGUAGCAUCCUCCACUUCACCUACUUUGUCUACUUCUUCUA